GAGAUUCCCCUAACCCCUCUCAGGCAACCAGGGGUUUUUCGCCGUAAGCUCAUACCUUCUCUUCUCAGUCUCAGUCCACUGACGCCACUUCACCAGUUCAUGAACAAGAAGGGGAAGAAUAAACCUCCGAUUUCUUCUCACCGGAACAAAUUAUCUCUCUGUUCCAGGUACGCCUUUACUUCAGGAAGAGCAUCAAAUGAUACUUGUUCUUCAUUUUUACCAACCGUAAGUUAGGUUGAAUCGUGGAACCUGCUCAAAUUUGGAAUAAGAAUUGUUCCUCGCGAAUUGGGUUGCUUGCAUAGUUUGAUGGGUGUCUCUCGAUUAGUUUGCACAAGGCUUUUGAAGCUAUCUGCAUCGAGGUCUGCCAACAAUCUGCCGUUUGCACUCUUCUCUGUUUCUUCAACUGUGGCCAGUUUUCUGUAAUAAUGGGUCCAGUCUUGUUAAAGGAUGAACGUCGUAGCCUUAUUUGGUACGAGGUUGGUUCAUAGAGUUCCAUGUAUCGUGGGAGUUUCGAGGAAAUUGUGUGACUAUAGCUCUGAUGGGGAUGCCAUGAUGGAUAAUGGGUUCCAGUUAAUUGAAGAGCCCCUCAAGAUGACGUGGGGGGAUUCAGGGCCCGAUUCUCGAAGUGAAUUCGAGAUCCACAUCGAGAGUCGUUGGUGUGAGAGGCAGCAAGGUAGGUUCCAGGCUGAACGUGUGAUUGAAGUUCUAAUGCAAGAUGGUCCUGGAGUUGACUCUAUAGCAGCGUUAACCGAGCUUCACUUGAAGGUGUCGUGGAUUCUUGUGAGAGAGGUUCUUGUGGGGAUUUUGAGGACCAUAAAUCCUGACAACAAAGCGAGGUGGGCGAAGUUGGGGUAUAAGUUCUUUUUAUGGUCUGGUCAGCAGGAAAAUUACAGGCACUCGUCAAGUUCCUACAAUCUGAUAAUGAAGAUUUUUGCAGACUGUGAUGAGUUCAUGGCCAUGUGGAGGCUGGUCGAUGAGAUGACUGAGAAUGGUUUCCCAACUACAGCACGAACUUUCAACAUAUUAAUUUGUACUUGUGGUGAGGCAGGUUUGGCUCGAAGAGUUGUGGAGAGGUUCAUUCAAUCAAAGACGUUUAAUUAUAGACCCUUCAAGCACUCCUAUAAUGCAAUUAUCUGCUCGCUUCUUGGAGUUCGUCACUACAGGUUGAUUGACUGGGUGCAUCAGAAAAUGUUGGGCCAGGGUCUUUACCCAGAUGUUCUAACUUAUAAUGUCAUCAUGUGUGCAAAGUAUCGGUUGGGGGAGUUAGGCCAGGUCUGGAGGAUGGUGGAUGACAUGGUGAGGAAUGGAUUUUCACCGGACUUCCACACCUACAACAUAAUUCUUCAUGUUCUUGGUAAAGCUAACAGACCAAUAGCUGCACAUAAGUUAUUGAUCCACAUGAAGGAAGAAGGUAUUGAUCCUUGUGUUCUCCACUACACCACGCUAAUGGAUGGACUGAGUAGGGCUGGCAAUUUACAAGCAUGUGAAUGGUUUUUGGAUGAGAUGAAGAAGAAUGGAUGUUUGCCUGAUGUUGUUUGUUAUACUGUAAUAAUCACAUCAUAUGUAGUGGCUGGAGAGUUUGAAAAGGCUCAGGCCAUAUUUGAUGACAUGACCGCCAAAGGCCAGCUGCCAAAUGCAUUUACUUACAAUUCGAUGAUUCGUGGGUAUUGUAUGGCAGGGAAUUAUAAGGUGGCGAUUUCUAUGCUUAAGGAGAUGGAAUCCAAAGGUUGUAGUCCGAAUUUUCUUGUGUACAGAACUUUAGUUAGCAAUUUGAGGAAUGCUGGGAAGCUUCGUGAAGCCCGUGGCAUAAUUAAACAGAUGGUUGAAAAGGGGCGAUAUGGCCAUCUAGCUCGAAAGAUAAGGUGGAACUGGCAAAGCUGAAGUCGCGAGAUUUGUGCUUAACCAUUGGAUUGCCGUGACAUUGCUGGCACAGUUGUGAAUGAUUUGGCCGAUCAAUUGAAGGCCAUGUACACUACUAUGUGGUGUGGGCGCUAUACAAGAAACCUGCACAGGUGAUGAUCUGUUUCAUGUCUUUCAUUGUAUGUCUAUUUUAUUGCUGUAUAAUGGAAUCUCGAUUCAGUAUCAUAACUUUUUUUUCUUGUGAAACUGAUCUUUACAACCUUUAAACGAAACUAGGACAUAUAAAUGAGUGGUUUAUCUGCUCUCAAAUUGAGUCUAAAGUUGGGUGUAUCAAGUGGUCUUGGCUUGCAAUUCCAGAUUUAUAUAGAUUCGCCACGUCAAUUGGUUUCAUUCUUGUCAUUUGCUUUCUCUGUAUUCUAUGUCCAUGAUGGGUAUGCUGUUUGCAAGGUACAAAUGCUCUCUCAUAAAUGGGUGCUGUUUUUACAGCAAUACAUUUGUCUAUUAGAGGGAUUAGUCGUUCCCUUGAUGGUUGGUCAAGCUGCUAUGAGGGUUUUGUGGCCAAGAAUGUGUGUGGGUCUGUGGGAUGCACUAUGUUAAUUGUACCAAACUUAGAGUAACUACCGACCCUGAACCAAAUGCUGUUUCCCCCCCCCCCCCCCCCCCCCCCCCCCCCCCCCCCCCCCUUCUUUCAUUCAUGAUAUUGGAGAAAUUGCUAUGGACUUCCAGGAUUCUGUUAUAUUGCAUACCUUCUGAUCAUGAAAGGGGAGGCCUGAGAUUCAGAAUUUAUAACAGGAAGCUAUGAAAUGGUUCUCCAUGAACAGAGUGUUAGUCUCUGAUGAAUUGAACUUGUUGCAAACGAGCUUGUAUGCUUGAGCAUGUAAGCUGGCUGUGUUAGUUUCUGACCAUUCGGAAAGUGACUACUCUAUAUUGUCCUUUGCUUUCUGCUCCUCCCAUGACUCACUCUUGUAUGUCUAUGAUGGCUACAUGAUUUCUCAAUCUUAAUGUGAACUGAUUCGCUUUUAUCAACUUUGUAACAGGCUUGAUCGGAGAGUUUAGUCAGCAACACGACGCUCCAUGCAUAAUGAAGUUGCUAGGACUGAGCAGCCGCAUUUCUGUGGCAAGUUGCAUUCCUGUCCAUAUGGGGCUGCUUCUCCACUCUCUAGCCAUGUUACUCAACACAACAUUGGCACAGAAAGCCAACAGCAUCAAUCUUCAGAAAUUUUUGCAGCACGACCAUGUCGAAUAAUGCUGAUAUUGGGUUGACAGUGAAAAAAAAACCCUUUAGAAUUUCCAACUGGCGCAAAAAAGAAGCGAGAAUCAUGAAGCGGAAAAAACGAGGACGCCUUGUGCGUUGAAGCAGUUCGCUUCUUCACAUUGCAGCUUGAGCAUCAUGCUUGCUAUUGCUGGAAAGUUGGCCUCGUUUCUCUGAUCUCCACUGCUCACAUUCUUAGCAUCUAGCGACUGUGAACUUGUGAUCACCUUGUCUUGCACAUGAAUAUGCUGUAGACUGAGCUCAACUUCUAGGAACUACAAGUGUUUUUACUUCGAUAAACUUGGGUCUUACACAGAAGACCCUAUUCUCCAUCAAAUAUUUGAUGGGCACAAUGUACACACACUGUAAAAUUUUGAUCCUUCCAUGAAUAGAAGCCAUUUUUAAUA